AUUAAGGAAGUUUUCCGCUUUCAUCCCCCAAUUCCAUUACUGGUGCCAAGAGAAGCACGGCAUGAUAUCAAAGUGAUAGGCUAUGAUGUUGCUAUUGGAACAAUGGUUAUGAUUAAUGCUUGGACGAUUGGGAGAGACCCUGCUGUGUGGGAUGAGCCAGAGGAGUUUAGGCCAGAGAGGUUCUUAAAUUCUGCUAUUGAUUACAAAGGGAUGGACUUCCAAUUGAUUCCAUUUGGUGCUGAAAGAAGGGGCUGCCCAGGAAUCUCUUUUGCAAUGGCCAUGAAUGAGUUGGUUUUAGCAAAUCUUCUGCACAAGUUUGAUUGGGAGUUGCCUGGUGGAGCCAAAGCUGAGGAUUUGGACAUGACUGAAUGCCUUGGUGUCACAAUCCACAAAGGAAUUCCUCUUCUUGCUGUCGCAUUUCCAUGGUCAAGCUAGAUAGUAAAAAUAAAAAUAAAU